UCACUCAGCACGUCACUCGAGACGAAGACAGGUGAAUGAUGAGAUCAGUGGCGCGCCCUUGGCCUGAAUUAUUAAAGUAAAAAGCUUCCGUCGUCGACAUGCAUUUGUGUCUGUAUUUGGAUUAGAUGUGAACAUGUUCAGAAAUUAAGAAAACCUCUUCAGCUGAGCAGGUGAUUUACAUCGUUCUUCUCUCGUACAGCUCUGCCUGUAAAAUGAGUCUCUAUGGGAAGAUAAAGAAGGAGGAGGAUGUUCAGAAACAUAAAGCAGCAUCUCCAGAACCCAGCUGUGUGUCUAUGAAGAGUGACAGGUCUAUGGUGAAACCCCUUGAUUUCAGUGAUGGAGCAGUGACCUCUGACCCUGACUCUGCCUGUAAAAUGAGUCUCUAUGGGAAGAGAAAGAAGGAGGAGGAUGUUCAGAAACAUAAAGCAGCAUCUCCAGAACCCAGCUGUGUGUCCAUGAAGAGUGACAGGUCUAUGGUGAAACCCCUUGAUUUCAGUGAUGGAGCAGUGACCUCUGACCCUGAAGUGAAGCGAGAUGAUGUGAUCAGAUCAGAGACGUCCUGUCUGACCUGCACUGACUCCAACUCUAAGACCCUCAUCGUGCAGAAAGUCAAAGACCAGCACAAAACCAGCAUGAAACACAAGUAUGAGAGAUUAUUUGAAGGAAGCAAACUAGAAGAGAAUGAAACCUUCCUGAACAGGAUCUACACAGAGCUCUACAUCUUAGAGGGAGAGAGUGAAGGAUUGAAUGAAGAACAUGAAGUUUUACAGAUGGAGAAAACACCCAGAACACUAGACACUCCGAUUUACUGCAAUGACAUCUUUAAACCCUUACAUCAACCAGGACAUGAAGAGAAAUACAAAAUCAAGACUGUUCUUACUAAAGGCAUUGCUGGAAUUGGAAAAACCAUCUCUGUGCAGAAGUUCAUUCUUGACUGGGCAGAGGGAGAAGCCAAUCAGGAUGUAGAUUUCAUGUUUGUGCUUCCAUUUCGAGAGCUGAACUUGAUUAAAGAUCAACUGUACAGUCUUCACAGACUUCUGCUGGACUUUCAUCCUGAACUUCAAGAUCUGGACUCAAAGAUUUAUGAGGAGUGUAAAGUUGUGUUCAUCUUUGAUGGUCUGGAUGAAAGCAGAAUCACACUGAUGUUUUCAGACGCUCAGAAAGUUUGUGAUGUGAAUGAGUCUUCAUCAGUGGGUGUGUUGAUGUCAAACCUCAUCAGAGGAGAGCUGCUUCCCUCUGCUCUCAUCUGGAUCACCUCCAGACCAGCAGCAGUCAAUCAGAUCCCCUCAGAAUACAUCAACCGUGUGACAGAAAUUCAGGGAUUCAAUGAGUCUCAGAAGGAGGAAUAUUUUAGGAAGAGGAUCAGUGAUGAGCAUCAAGCCAGCAGAAUCAUCUCACACAUUAGAAGAUCAAGAAGCCUCAACAUCAUGUGUCACAUCCCCGUCUUCUGCUGGAUCUCAGCCACUGUGCUUCAAAACCUCCUGAAACAAGAUGACAGUGCAGAAAUCCCCCAAACUCUGACUGAAAUGUACAUCCACUUCCUGCUGACUCAGAUCAACUUGAAGAGUCAGAAGUAUGAUGAGAAAGAUCCAAAGAAACUCCUGAAAUCCAACAAGGAUAUGAUUAUGAAACUUGCUGAACUGGCUUUCAAACAGCUUAUGAAGGGCAAUGUGAUGUUCUACGAGGAGGACCUGAUUGAGAGCGGGAUAGAUGUCACUGACGCCUCAGUGUAUUCUGGGAUUUGCACUGAGAUCUUUAAGGAGGAAUCUGUGAUCCAUCAGAGGAAAGUCUACUGCUUCAUUCAUCUGAGCUUUCAGGAUUUUCUAGCUGCUUUAUAUCUAUUUUACUUCCACAUAGUCAAGAAUGAGGAAUCAUUGACCUUGUCUCUAUAUGAAGGAUUUCAGGGGAACAUUUGUAGAAGCUUUCUGUAUGAGCGAACAGUUGAUGAAUCCCUACAGAGUCCAAAAGGACACCUGAAUCUUUUCCUGCGGUUCCUGCUGGGCGUCUCACUGAAGUCCAAUCAGAGACUCUUACAGGAUCUGCUGACACACACAGUGAACAGCUCAGAGAUCAUCAAGCGAAUCAUUCAUUACAUUAAAGACAAACUCAAAGCUGAUGAUGGUCUCUCAGCUGACAGAUGCAUCAAUCUGUUCCUCUGCCUGCUGGAAAUGAAGGAUCAGACUCUGUACAGAGAGAUUCAGGAGUUUGUAAAAUCAAAAACUCACUCAGUCAAUCAACUCUCUCCAUCUCAAUGCUCAACAAUCGCCUACAUGCUUCAGAUAUCAGAGGAGGUGCUGGAUGAGUUUGAUCUGAAGAAAUACAACACAUCAGAUGAGGGUAGAAAUAGACUGAUACCAGCUGUGGUGAACUGUAGAAAAGCUCUAAUUGCUUGCUGUAAUCUCACUGAUCAGUGCUGUAAAAGUUUGUCUUCAUCUCUAAAAUCAUCAAACUCACUGAGAGAGCUGGACCUGAGUCACAAUAACCUACAAGAUUCAGGAGUGAAGCUUCUCUCUGAUGGAAUGAAGAUUUCACACUGUCAACUCAACAUACUAAGACUUGCUGGCUGUAAUCUCACUGAUCAGUGCUGUGAAAGUCUGUCUUCAUGUCUACAAUUAUCAAACUCACUGAGAGAGCUGGACCUGAGUCACAAUAACCUGCAGGAUUCAGGAGUGAAGCUUCUCUCUGAUGGAAUGAAGAUUUCACACUGUCAACUCAACAUACUAAGACUUGCUGGCUGUAAUCUCACUGAUCAGUGCUGUGAAAGUCUGUCUUCAUGUCUACAAUUAUCAAACUCACUGAAAGAGAUGGACCUGAGUCACAAUAACCUGCAGGAUUCAGGAGUAAAGCUGCUCUCUGAUGGACUGAAGAGUUCACACUGUCAACUCAACGUAUUGAGAUUAUCUGGCUGUAUGGUGACAGAGGAAGGCUGUUGUUUUUUGGCUUCAGCUCUGAGUUUAAACCCCUCACACCUGAGAGAGCUGGAUCUGAGCUACAAUCACCCAGGACAAUCAUUAGUCAAGCUGCUUUCUGAUCCAAAAUACAGACUCGACAAACUCAAUGUGGAUAAUGGAGGAGAGAUCAGGAUUACAACAGGACUGCAGAAAUAUGCAUGUGAUCUCACACUGGAUUUAAACACAGCAAACACUUUCCUAACUUUGUCUGAGAAGAACAGGAAGGUGACACAUGUGAGAGAGAAGAAGUUGUAUAAUAAACACCUAAACAGAUUUGAGUGUCAUCAGGUUCUGUGUGAAGAGAGUCUGUCUGGACGCUGUUAUUGGGAGGCUGAAUGGAGUGGGAAGGAGGUUUAUGUAUCAGUGGCAUAUAAAGGAAUUAAAAGAGAAGGAUGGAGUAAUGACUGUUUGUUUGGACACAAUGAAAAGUCCUGGAGUCUGAAAUGUUUUAAUGAUGGUUUCACUGCCCGUCACAAUAAUAAGUGCACAGAAAUAUCUGUCCCUUCACAUCGUUCUAACAGAGUAGGAGUGUAUCUGAACUCGUCAGCUGGCAUUCUGUCCUUCUACAACGUCUCUGACACACACACACUCACACACUUACACACAUUCAACACCACAUUCACUGAACCCCUCCAUGCUGGAUUUGGGUUUUAUUAUUAUGAUACUUCAGUAUCUCUGUGCGAGAUUAAACCGCUUCCUGUGAGAAACAACUGAGUCACAGCUGAGUGAAAGAAACACAUUAUCUCUCUCUGUUUCUCUCUUGUCUUAUAUAUAGAAUUGUCUUGUAUAUAGAAACACACACUGACUUUAUAAAGACAUUUGAAUGUGGUUCAACAGGAGUUUUGUCUUUCCGAGUCUCUAAGUGCCACCUGGAGGAAGUUUUAGUUUCUCGCUGACAGGAAGUAGUUCUUAGCAACUGCUUGAUCUGUUACUAUGGUAACUGAGGGUCAUCAGAGCUCAUCUAAAAACACUUCAUCACAAAGGUUAAAGGCCGUGGAGCUCAUCUUACGCUCCAUGCUGAAGGCCUAGAAUAUCUUAACAUAUAAAUAUUGCAAUUUUCAAUAAUUGUAUAUUAAUAAUUCAACAAUUAUUGUAAUCAAUAAUCAGUAAAAAUAUAUUUUCAUGUCUAUCACUCAAUAUCACUGUUAUCACUCAAAAACACUGUUAGAUAAAAAAGUUAAAUGUAUAGAGCAUUUAAAAUUCAGUUUUACUUUUAAAAUAAACACUAAUGCAAGAUGAA